AGCGCAAGUAAUAAAGACCUCGAUGCUGUUUCCAAACCCGUCCCUCUAAACCCCUUUCGUGCUCCCUCUCCUGAAACUUCUAGACGCCAACGGGACAUUCAUGACUCUGCGGGGAGCCUACCACUCCUGACCCCGUUUGAUGCCCGCUGUCGCAAAGGAGUUCUUGUGGCCCGUGCGUCGACUGCAACGACGGGGCACGUGUGGGGCGGAGAAGAGGGGCACAGCGCGCUGCAACGAAAGGCUGAAGGCCCGGCUCGGCUGACCUCUGCAGGAACAACGGCGCGCCAAUCAGCACGCGUUGCGGGGGAGCGGGCGGGCACAGCGUUUUGCAAGAACCAGGAGGAGCCUCGGGCCGCCCGCAUUGACGGCUCAAGCUUCGCUCCCGAAGCUCUCUUGAUGCCAACCCACGACCAACGCAUGGCGUGAUCUGCGAUACCAGACCCUUUUUUUGCGCCACCGCCCGGUUCUGAUUGCCGCCCACGCUCUCGACUCCCGCGACGCCCUAGGAUCACCAGUCGAUCAAGAUGCCGCCUCCGCCGAACAUGGGUGGCCACAUGGGGCCGUCCAACAUUGACAAGCUGAAGAUGGGCGCCAUGAUGGGCGGAACUGUCGGUGCCAUCAUGGGCUUCAUCUGGGGCACCGUAACCGUCUUCCGAUUCGGAGCCGGCGCGAACGGGGUCAUGAGGACAAUAGGGCAGUACAUGCUCGCCUCGGGAACCACAUUCGGUUUCUUCAUGGGCAUCGGCAGUGUCAUUCGUUCCGAUUCCUCCCCCAUCCUCCAACAGGCGUACGCCCAGGCCUACCGACGGCCAACAAUCAUGGCCCAGCAGCGCGCUUUCCGGCCGCGGCCGCGCGACGACUAGGAGCGCAUGAUCCAGUCGAACGUGUGGACGGGACUUGCCCUGUAUUGGGGAAUAGGUCUGGGACAUGGACAUGAGGGCCCGUCGUACUGAACGACAAGCCUACCUGGUCAUGGCCGUGUAUAAAAAAGACAAAAGAAGAAAAUUCUCAGCUGUUAUCAUAGGACAUAGGUGCGGACAAACCUCCAGUUUCCACGUAUUGGUGCCGCAGAUCCGCUUUGCCAUCGAAAUCCCAUUUGAUAUUAUGUUCGGCCGACA